AUGGCGACCUCCACCACCUCACACCGGCCCAUCAAGGGGAUACUGAAGAACAAGAGUUCCACUGCUUCCUUGGUGACUGCCUCUGCCCAGCAGUCGGGAGGGACAAUACCGGAGGUAAAGAGAAAAAAGUCCCAGAAAUGGGACGAAUCCAACAUCAUGGCCACACAACGUCCAGCCUACAGAGACUACGAUUUAAUGAAGAUCAACGAGCCCAGCAGCCCCUACUUCAGCCCACAAGACGAUGGAGAAGAGUCAGUUAAUGAUUUGGAAGCAAAGGAAGCCAUGACCCCAGACAUCUUAGCCAAGAAAUUAGCCGCCAGUGGUACCUCGGAGUUGAACUGCCAGUUGGGAGAGCCAGAGAGUGAUGGGGCACACAGCAGCAAGAUCCUUCUCGACAAGCAAGAAAAGCAAAGGCAGCUCGAAAUGAAAAGGAAACUACACUAUAACGAAGGACUGUACCUCAAGCUGGCUAGACAACUGAUCUCCGAAGAGUUCCAACAAGAGAAAGACAAGGAUGACAACGAAGAAACUCUAGAUGAUGACAACAACGAAAGCAACACUGCUGCGGAAGAAUCGGAUGAAGGUCCUACAACUGACGAACUGCAAACCCAGUCAUUCUCUGCCUAG